CGGCCCGUUACCAGGCGAGCAGCGCAGCGCAGGGUCCGACACCGACGACGGCAGCGGGCACUGACAGAAGGAAACCUGCCAGCGCGAUAACAGCACCCGUGAAAUACAGUAGGGGAUGGCAGUGAAUGUGUACUCCACGUCGGUGUCCAUUGACAACCUCAGCCGACAUGACAUGCUGGCAUGGGUCAACGACUCUUUGCAUCUCGCCUACACCAAGAUCGAACAGCUCUGUUCAGGAGCCUCAUAUUGCCAGUUCAUGGACAUGUUGUUUCCAGGCUGCAUCCUCCUGAAGAAGGUCAAAUUUCAAGCCAAGCUGGAGCAUGAGUUUAUACACAACUUCAAAUGUCUUCAAGCAGCUUUCAAACGGAUGGGUGUUGACAAGAUCAUUCCCGUAGAAAAGCUCGUAAAAGGGAAGUUCCAGGACAACUUUGAAUUCGUGCAGUGGUUCAAGAAGUUCUUCGAUGCCAACUACGACGGGAAGGAGUACGACCCUUUAAUAUGCAGACAGGGUCAGGACAUGGCCCCUUCCCCCAACCCAGGUGAUCACUUUAUCCACAAACCAAAGAGAAACCCAGGACCACAGAGGACGUCUCCAACGGUUCCCAAGAUCAUGCCAACACCACAACGGGUCCAACACAACACUCCAGCCCUGAGGAAGAACCCGUCUUUGUCUAGAAAUGGAGGCAGUGAUGCGGAGAUCAUGGAGCUAAAUCAACAGGUGAUGGAGAUGAAGUUGACUGUGGACGGACUAGAGAAGGAGAGAGACUUCUACUUCAGCAAACUACGGGACAUCGAGCUGAUCUGCCAGGAGAAUGAGAGCGACACCAACCCCGUCCUCAGCAAGAUAAUCCACAUUCUCUACGCAACAGAGGACGGCUUUGCGCCUCCAGAGGACGAGGAGCUGGAUGAACAAGCUCACCUGGACCAGGAUGAAUACUGAACCCUUCUUCUCCCUCCCCUCCGGCAGCCCUGCUCUCCCUUUUCUUUAGUGCCCUCAUUUGUUUUCUACUCUCUCUCUCUCUCUCUCUGCACGCUCUCUAUAAAUACCUCCCAUCGUCCCUGCUCUCUGUCCAUCUUUUCCUUUCUUUCUUAUCAGUUGGUCGACCCCCCCGAGCGCGUGCAUCCACCCUCUGGCCGUCGACAUACUUUGCAUCAUUUGCUGCUCACCCCUGCCUCCACUUACACAGUAACAAUAACAGUAAUGUACGACAUAUCCCAGUUAUUUCAGCAUGAGUAACGUAGAAAAUCGAGUCGAUGGCGGCAUGGAGGUUGCUGGGGCAGACAGUGGAUCUAAGUCUGUAAAUAGGACUGACAUUUUGAUUUCUGAGAACAGAACUAUGUCUUUGCUCGUGAUGGAGUCAUUUGUCUUAAUGCUUCUACUAGAGCACAGAACAACACGGCUCCAACGGGCCAUCGGGCACUCCCAGAGCUACUAAAACUGUAACAAAAGUGACUUUUUAUUAACCAUUUCUUAUUUAUUUAACUUAUAAUUCAUUAAGGUUAACUUUCUGUAGCAGAAUCGGUGCAAAACCUACUGUAUGUGAGCUGAAAGCCGAGAGUCAAGGUGUGUGUUUGAGGCUGCAUCGAGCUUUUGAUUUUGUUUCAUGGAGGGUUCAUGGCAUGUGGAAACACUGGAGGAGAUACUUUGGUGUAAUGGACUCAAGGCGUAUAAUGAUCGGUGCUCUGCAAUUAUACAUCUUUGAUCCGCAACAUAUCUGAGCAUGAGAAUGUUAGACUUUGACUGUGAAUGAGUGAUAUUUUGUAAAUGUACUUUGUGAUCGAUUCCUGGUUAGUUGCCGUCGUAUCCUUCAGGGCGGAGGAGGAGCUCCGCCUGCAGACCGACCUCAUGGUUAUAGAUCGUAGCAGGGCUGAUGUUUGAUUCUCGGAAGCCUGACACCUGAAUUGAUACAGACUGAUUUUUCACAUGACAGCUUUUAUCGUGACUUUUUUCCUGCUGAUCAUUUUUGUGUUUUUUAACUUUUAAUUUGCUGGUAGCCCAGGAUGUAUGAGUUGUUAUUCGAAGGAAACGCAGUAUUAAGAGAUCUGUGACCGCGUUAACCGGUCAUUAGCAUAACAACCAGUUCUAACCGAGGAAGUGUCCCAGUCCUUCCCAAGCUCUUUAAACUUUGCACACUGGCUGUCGUCUGCUCUGGAACUCGCAAACAUCGACAGAUCGCUCAUCUUUUGAGUUUUGACUAAAUAAACA